GUUGUCAUUUUUCAUACCGUAUCAUGUAGCGCCGAAAGAGCAAAAGCCGUGAACAAUUUUCAAAUUUUGGCAAAUCCACGAAAUUUCUUGUCUUUUUUCACAAGUUUAGAGAAGAUUUCUUGGGAUUAAUGGAUUAUUUCGUUUAAUAUAAGGAAGAUAGACGCUUUUGUGAAGUAGAAGGAAGGGUUUACAAGUAAGAUUUCAAAUCUAAGUGACCAGAUUGGCAGAUUUCAAAUUAAUGAAAAGUCAAAGUGGAAUCUGUCAUGGAAAUGUCUGAUCGUUGUGAGAGAUUUUGUGAGACCUUUGUAGCACAGGCUGAAGCGAAGCCUUACGAGUGUGAUGUUUGUGAAAUGAGAUUUAGACACCCGACUAGCUUGGCAAUACACAAAGCAGCACAUAACGCCAACAGACCUUAUGAAUGUGAUAUAUGUUUGAUGAGAUUUACUCAUUCAAACCAACUAAUUAAACACAAAAAAGCACACUCCGAUGUUGGCUACGAAUGCGAUAUAUGUAAGAAAAGACUUUCUCGGUUGGAUUGCCUAAUUAAACAUAGAAGGACCCACACUGAAGACAAUCCCCAUGAAUGUGACGUAUGCCUGACACGAUUUCGCGAACUAAAUGAACUGAUCAAACAUAAAAUAAUCCACACUGGCGAGAAUCCUUCAUACGAAUGCAGUUUUUGUAGGACAGGAUUUUCUGAGCUGGAUCUCUUGCUAAAGCAUAGACGAACACACGCUAGGUGGGACGGAUUUCACAAAUGCAAUGUUUGUACGAGAACAUUCGCUCAUGCUGAGGAUUUCGAUUGGCACAAAAAGGCACAUUUAUAUUGCAGUGAUUGCGACAAAGGGAUCUUCGAACAGCAAGAAUUACAAGGACAUUUUGUCAGGAAUGAACACACUGGCAAAUAUGUUUGCAAUAAAUGCUACCGUCAUUACGGCGACUUAAGGCAAUUAGUUGAACAUAUAGCAAGACUGCACACCAAUGACGCAAAGUAUCAAUGCGGUUUCUGUCAGGAACUCGAUUCAACGGUACCAACUGGGCUCGGAUAUAUUUGUUGCGUUUGCGAUGUUGUGUUUGAAAUUCCUCGCGACCUUGAAGCUCAUAUGAUCACACACAACACAGUACAGGCAGAUUAGAUUUUCUUUGUAUUUUAAUAAUGAAAUAUAACAAAAUUUGUGUGAAUCAUGUUCUCGUCUAUAAUUCAAAGUAAAAUACUUUUAAAAAUUAAUUUUGAAACAAAUGCAAGAGAUAUCAGUUUUAUUUUACAGUUGAGUUAAUUUACGAGAAGCCCUAACUCUAACUAACCCUAGUAAUGCUGUUCCAACAACUUGUCAACAGGAUGUGUUCGUACUGCUUGUUCCCAGCACGUUGACAAGUUGUCAAUGGCUUGUUGACAACUUGCUACAAAGUUGUUGAGCUCAACAGACUUGUUACAAGUUGUUACAACAACUUAUUAUCAUUGUGAGUGACAACCUUGUAGCAACUUGAUAAAAUAACAGUAUUGUUAUAUCGCUUGCAUCAGUUGUGACAACGGUGAUGAGGCCAACAGACUCGCAACAAGUUGUUCCAACAAGUCUGAUAUUGUCUGCACGUAGACAACACGCUCGUAGCAACUUGUUAGAAACAGCCUGUAUUAGUCUUGUUGGAACAACUUGUAGCAGAUCUUUUACCGUCAUCAACCUUGUAACAAGGUGAUAACAACUUGUUCCAGACUUGUCGCAACAACUGGGAACAAGCAGUACGAACACAUCCUGACAUCGGCUUCACAACAACCUUGUUACACUUGUUUGCAGAUCAGUAACAGCAGUGUAUACACACCUCUCGUGGCCACGAGUUCACCCUCGGUUUAAAACUUGGUUUCGUUUGAAUUUUUAUGAAUCAAUCUGUUCGUGACGCAGUCGUGAGUAAUCGUGGUUGCCCGGCUAGACUUCGUAGACACAUCGGACUGACUUCGCGGUUUGUUACGUAAGACACAUCCCCUGACGAGUUUCGCAUAUUUUGCGCGAAAUCGUUUCACAAAAAGUGGAUAGAUCCAUGGGUAGAGCAUGGAAUGAGAAUUUUCGAUGAAAAUGAGUAGAAAGUUAAAAUACACGGGCAUCGAUUUGCUUAACCAUGUGUUAUCGUAGAUAUAACCAAAUUGGUAGAUUUGACUUGGCAGCGAGGUUAUCACGUAUACGACCGACACGACGCCGAGCAUGCGCACGACGUCGCGCGUGGAGUUUCUGGGAUUCCUCGAGACGCGCGAGGACUCCGGAUUGAAUCGCGCGCGGUUCUUGUACAGCACCACCACGAUAAUUAUAUGCUGAGUGAGAAUGAAUAGGAACGCAAUCACAAAUGUUAUAUAGACAGAGACGCUUAGGAAAUCCUUUAAAGUUUUCGAAUUGCAUUUGGUGUCUUCGAUGAUAUUUCCAUCACAAUGCGGGCUGAAAUCGAUGGCACAUAUAUGGUCCCCGCCCGCUUUUAUCGAAUCGAAAGCAUAUAAACCAGGUAUCUCUAAGGCUAUCGAUGCAAACCAUACACCAACGAUGAUCCACUUGCUUUUGUUUUUAAACACGACCGAUUUGAAAGGAAACACGACCGCCACGAAGCGUUCCAAGGUCAUGAAAAUUAACGUGAAGACGAAAGCGAAAGUAAAAAUGGGUGGAAGAGUGAACAUUGAUUUGCAAAAUAUGCGACCCGACGCGCCUCGAUCCACCGGGAUAGCCGAGACUGCGUUACCAAUCUUGUUUAUCAUAAACAGCUCAAAGGAUACGGAAGUGAGCAUGCGCAAUACGUCAGCUACGACCAGGUUGCAUAGCAACGCAUUAAGAUUGUUGUGAAACUCCUUGUUUGCGGCUAUCACAAUCAAGAUGAGAAAAUUGCCAGAUAAACCAACCAACAAGAUUACGCUGUAUCCCAAAGUGAAAGAUAAUUUCUCGCCACGGCUAAGAUUAACCGGUGGUGGGUUUGAGUUUGAACCUACAAGUUAAAAGCGAAGAUAUCUUUAAUACGCAUGUAAAAAUCUAACAACUUGUCAACAAGAUGUGUUCGCAACAG